UGUUUGAGAACCACAGCUUUACAUAAGAGCAUCCGAGCCUCGACACAUCACGUGACUGGAUCCUGAGCGCCAGUGGCUCGCGUCACGUGACUGGUGUCGACACCACUCCUCUGACAGGGAUCUCGCCUAUGGUUCGCUCAAGCACAGCCAGGUCAUGUCAGUAAAGAUGGAAAUGGAUGCCAGUGGAUCGUCCAGGGCACCCAUAUCCGUUCUGUCAGCCGCUGAGGUCAAAAGCACCCUGAAGCCCGAGCCUGACAAACCCCGCUGCUCCAGCACCCCCUGCUCCCCCAUCAAAAGUACUGUCUCAGGAUACCAAAUCCUUCACAUGAACUCCAACUAUCUAGUGGGCUUCACCACCGGCGAGGAGCUUCUUAAAUUAGCCCACAAGUGGUCUAGUCCUGACAGCAGCAACACAGAGGCCUUGCCCAGCCCCAUCAAAAAGCCUGUGGAUGUAAGUCUGCACCGAGCCUCGCGGAUCUGCAAAGCCAAAAGCCGAUACUACCAACCGUACGACAUCCCAGCCAUCAACGGGCGGCGGCGCCGGCGCAUGCCCAGCUCAGGAGACGGCUGUCUGAAGUCUCUGGCCAGCGGGGAGCCCGGCAAGACCCCGCACGGCCCGCUGCCCCUGUGCCUGCUGAAGGGCAAACGCGUCCACUCCAAGUCCCUGGACUACCUCAACCUGGACAAGAUGAGCCUCAGGGAGCCGGCGGACACCGAGGUGCUGCAAUACCAGCUCCAGCACCUCAACCUGCGGGGCGAGCGCGUGUUCACACGCAACAAGACAUGAGGCCUCGGACGCCCAGCACUAACACACUCAGUGUAGGGCUCCCUUUUUACCCCUCUCCCCCACUACGCCAUCCAUACACCACUGAUCUUCUGUGUGUGAGGGAACACCGAGGCAGGGGAAGCUUCAAAGGAGCCGUUCGUCCGAGAAGACUAGUUCUGUCAUUAUGUGCUCACCCUCAUGCUCUUCCACACUGUUCGUUUUGGUUUCUAUGGAACAAAAAAAAGCUAAUUUUAUACAAGGACAGUUGAUGGUGACCCUCCAUGUGGAUCGUGUGCUAUAUUCAAGGUGUGCUCAAGCCAUAUCAUAGGUUAUUGAUGCUGAAGCUCUGCGUCCAGCAAAGAAAGACUUUGAUAUCUGUCUGUCACACAAAACUAUCGAGAGACUGUGGAAGACUUGGAAUAUAGCGAAGUUAAAGCAUAGAGUUGUAGCAUAGAUGAUAGGGCUGCACGACAUUUGAAGUAAA